CACCGGCGACUGACGAGCGAUCAGAACGAUCAGUCCGCCGAGUUCAAACAACCGUACAAAUAAACUAGAUUGCAACUGUGUCAGUAUCUGUGGGUAUUUCUCUAUGUGUGUGCGUGUGUGUGUGUUAGUGUGCGGGCGAGCUUAGCCAAUUUCUACGGGUAUAGGCAUAUAUAUAGUAGCGCCAGAAGUCGCGUACGCGCAUUCGAGCAUCAAACAUCUACGGCCAACGUCUAACGGUCGCAAAUCGAACGAAAUCGAAAAUAAAUCGAAGCCGAAACCGAAAAGUAAUCGAAGCAAUUCGAUAAAACCCGAUCAUUUCCGGUGUGUGUGUGUGCGUGUGGCAUAUUGUUGUAAAGAAAAAGAACGAAAAAAAAAAACAAAAUAAAACCCCUGAAUAAGUGCUGCAGCCCCUUCUCUUUCGCACUUUCGACUCACGCACUCAGCAGCAAACAAAAAAAAAUCCACCGUUGCUGACAGUGUAUGAGUGUGCUUUUUCCAGCGGGUGUGUGUGGUCGCGUUUGUUAUUUGUUUAUCGCUGUCCACGCAUUUUCCGCUCCCUCAAAAAACAAUAUGGUUUUUUAAUAUUUGUAAAUCGAUAACUGAUAAGGGAUAACGACUAUAAAAGUGAGUAUGACUUGCGCGGAGCAAAGAUUGAUAACCGGCAUUUAAGUCAGUGGAAAUGUUGAUAAGGAGCUGGGAUUAAUAGCUUUGUGGUCAGAACUGAUGAUUGUUCUUUUCUAAUUCCCUCGAUCCAGACGGCAAAUGGCAACCUCGACGUGGAUGUGACAGUGGAUGCGAAUGCGAUUGUGAUUGCUAGAGCAGAUUAUGCAACUGCGGCCAGACUUUGGAGAGAUUGAGAGGGGCCCGCAGAUAGACGGUUUAAUUAUCAGUGCCAGAUUAUUAUCACCGCAGCGGCGAUGCAGCGGUGACGGUUGCGGAGAGCACCGGUUGCAGAAUGCAUUUAGUUACCUGACUAUUUCAAAAACAUCCGAGCCGCCGACGAGCAGCGAGCAGGAGCUCUCGUCCCAGCCGAAAUAUCCGGAGUGAUAAUUGCUAAUAAUUAGAGGGAAUUAACAGGGGAGAUCCCGACAUUAGAAAAAAAGAAAAACCAGCAGUAAAAAACCUUAAAAUGUUACCCACGGACAAGGGCAGCUCUUUGGGCCCCAGGCCGCAGAAGUCUCAUUGCUCAUCAGAUCAGCAGCUCCUGCAGCACCACCAUCCACAGGCGCAGCCAGUUCGCCUACAGGCGCCCAUCCACCUGUCCACACAUGCACACUCACCUGCCUGCGAGAAACGCUUGGAGGCGGAGACUCCUCGACGGGAUCUCCAUGAACUCCUGCUCGAACUGCUGGACAUGUUGUUAUCCUGCCUGGUGGUGGCUCCCUGUGUGAUAGCCUAUUGGCGGGGAACCUGGGAACUGAUGUUCGUCUACCUGUUCCCCGACAGCUUACCCUUGUCGGCAAUGGCCAGCUUUUUGAUUGGCGGUCUGGGUCACUUCAUCUUCACCGUCACGCAGAACUUCUUUAAGGAGCACAUCCAUCCGGACAGGAGGCGACUUACCUACUAUUUCGUGUCACGGCUUUACACGGCCAUUUUUGGGAUUGUCUGUGUGAAUAUGUGGCGAGGAGCCUGGUUGCUAUGCGACUGGCUGACUAGUGUCGACUCCCUGAUCAUUGUCUCGGUGGUCACGGGAAUCGCACUCAUCUUUCUGAUGGCCACAAGGACACUGAGGAACCUGGGAGCAGCACCCUACACCGUGAGCAUGGACCACAAGAGCGACUACUUCGAGGUGGACACCAUGUUCAAAAUACCCGGUUUUCAUCAACCUGGCCUGUAUGUCUUGGACACACUCUUCUCGGUCUUUGUGAUUGGCAGUUUGGUGGUCAUCGCGUGGCGUGGUGUCUGGGGAAUCUUCGACAUACUCCUCUUUCCGAUGGACAGAGCCAAGUCAGCUUGGGGUUCGCUGCUCAUUGGAUAUCUGACAGUUUUUGUGACCUUCCUUAUUCAUCCUUUGAUGAGGUACAUCUGUCGCCGGAUAAGCGGAAUCCUUAAGCUAAUCAUAUGCGACAUUUACUAUCUGAUGACCUUCUUUGGAGCUGUGAAUGCCUGGCGAGGAAUUUGGAAUUUACUAGAUGUGUACCUAUAUCCAGAUAACAAAUUACUGAGCUUCUGGCUGACUCAUCUUGUUCCUUUCCUGCUCCUCGCUGCUCUCAAGUGCUCGAACUCCAUACUGGUACGCGGGGUUUUCAUUGAUGCAGAGGGCGUGGGAGCCGAUAGCGUCGAUAUACCCAUCAACUAUGUCCGGCUGCACUUCCUACGCGAACGCAGGAAGAAGGUUGGCCUUCAAAAAACACCGCAAUCGCAGCCACCGCCGCCACAUUACUACCUAAAGCCAGAGCACGCUGCACUCGGUCGGAAUGCGGAGAAGGACAAGGAGGCCCAGAGCAGUCUUAUCGAGAAGCCCCUUUCCGCUGUGCAGAUUGUUUAGGAAUGUCGAUUGCCUGGCCUAUUGUUACAUUUAACGUUAAUAUCGUUUCUAUGUCUAGAUGUUAAACUAGUUUUAAACGCCUAAGCUUAAGCCUACCGAGCUUACUUAAGAGUCAGUUUUUUAGUUAUAACCCCUAGUUAUAGUCUCGAUCCAAAUCCAAAACCCUAAUCCCAAGUUGUACAGCAUUUUAUGGAUCGUCAUAUUUACACCAUAGGUAUAUUUUUGCUUUUUCCACAGCAGGUUUGAGUUGCAAAUUUAAUCCUGGUGACGAAGGCACCUUCCCUCACCCACUCACACACUAGCUAAGUGAUAACGAUCUAACUACGAGUAUAAACAUUGUACAUUGGUAUUUUCAUAUAUCGCAAAUAAAUAAAUAAAUAAAUUUGUAAAUACUACCAUAUAUAACCGAA